AUGGGUAAAAAAGGAAACAACAAGAAAAAGAAGAACAACAACAACAAUAAUAAUAAGCAAAGGCUCCCCGUAAACGACAAUCAACUGUCCAAAGAGCAAACCCCCUCUCCCGAUCCCACCCCAGAGGCACCCGUUGAUGUCGGAGAAAAUGGAGCAACGCCCGGUCCAGAUCAGGACAAUAACAACAACCCCGUCGAACCAGAUAAUGCCCCGGCCGCCGAGACUACCCCUACAGAAGGAUCCGAUAGUGCCCCUGCUGAUGGUGGCUCAACGUCUCCCGAGUCUGAAGGUGCCACCGAAGCAACAACGCCGCCAACAGAGGCUGAAGAGACCAACGAUACGACUGCUGAAACAAAAGAGGAAGGCGAGAGUCCCGCUCCAGAAGCAGACGAGUCCGCCCCACCGCCGGAAGAUAGUCCUCCCAGUGAUCAACCUGUUGAGGAUGCACCAAAAGACAUAGAACCGGAACCUGUCGAAGCAGACGCUGCGCCGGCGGAUGUAGAUGAUACACCGCCCGAGGAGAACACAGAAGCCCCCAGCAAUGAAUGUGAUCCUACUGCAGAACAUGACAAUGUCGAAGCCGAAAAAGGAGAAGCCGAACAACAAGCGGCUGAAGACGCCAAAUUCGGGGAUGAGGAAAAGCCAGCGGAAGCAACGACGGCCGACUUGAACGACGUUGACAAGGACGCGGAGAACGCAACAGAACAGCCACCGGCAGAGACUCAAGAGGGCGAGGCUGAGCCCCCUGCUGGGCUUCCUACCAACGACGAGGGCAACGAAGCCAACAGCAGCGAUGCAUCGCCCGAACAACCGGCUGCAGACACGGAGGAGGCUCAAGAGCAUGAGGCUGAAGGACAACCCGAGCCUGCGCCAGAAUCCACGGAAACCCCUGUCGCCCCAGAAGGACAGGAGAAUCAAACUUCAGAAGAACAACCUAGUCCCGACACCACAGAAACUGCGGAUGAAGCACCAGCAGACGAGGGAACUCCAGAGUCGACAGAAGAUUUAGCGGCGGACAAUGCCAACGUUGAACCCGAAGCAGAGCCAGCAAAUGCAACUGAGGAGGCACCGGAAGAACCGGCCGCUCCCCCCGAAGAGUCACCUGAAGAGUCCGUACAGCCUGAAACAACCGGUGAGGCCUCAGCAGAAGUUGAGUCCGGCGAAGCGCCAGCCGAAGAGUCUACCGAAUCACCUGUCGCUGAAGAAGAUUCUGCUGAGACACCUACCGAGACACCCGCCGAGACACCUGCUGAGGAAGCCGCUGUCGUGGAAGAACCCGCCGGAGAGAGUGUUUCACAAGAACCUCCGGCUGAAGAGCCCACCGCGGAUGAUACAGCAGACGUACCGGCUGAGGAAACUACAGAAGCAGCAGAACCUGCAUCCGAACCCGCCGCGGAGGAGGCAGCAAACGAGGAGGUACCUCCUGAGGAAGCCGCGACUUCGGAGUCAGUCGAAGAGCCUGCCAAUGAAACUCCAGCGGCAGCGGAGACUACUCCGGAACCAGCAAGCGAGGAUGAACCGGUAGAUGCUCAAGAGCCAGCUGACGAAAAGCCGACCGAGGAAGUAGUUGCAGAGGAGCCUCCCGCGGAGGCCGCAGCAGAGGAAGUCCCGGCCGCUGAGGCCGCAGUCGAAGAAGCGACUCCGAACGAAGAUGCCGAGGGUGCCGCACCGGAAUCUGAAGAGUCUCCUGCUGAUCUCGCCGCUGAAGAUGCACCAACAGAAGAGCCAGUUCAUGUCGAAGAACCCGAGCAAGUAACAGAAGAAGCGGCCCCUGAAGAGACACCAUCGACUGAGGAAGUGCCAGCAGAAGAGGGUGUCGGUGAAGUUCCUGAAGAAGCUCCCGCCGAAGAGCCGGCCACAGAAGCGGUGCCCGAAGAAUCCGCUCCUGCAGAAGAACCUAUCGCUGAAGAACCUGCAGCUGAAGAACCUCCAGCCCCAGAUGAGACACCUCCUGAACCUGCGCCUGAGGAGACUUCCCCAGUUGAAGAGUCUGCUCCAGUAGAGGAGGCUGCUGAAGAGCAAGUUGCUGCUGAGGAGCCUGUCGCUGAGGAGCCCGCGAUUAAGGAACCUGCUGCUGCCGAUGAACCUGAAGCUGAGGCUGCCGUUGAAGAAUCAGUACCGGCUGAGGAUCCUGCACCCAUCGAAGAAGCUGUCGAGGUGCCCGCCACCGAGGAACCCGCCGCCGAGGAGCCUAUCACUGAAGAGCCCGCUCCGGCCGAAGAGCCUGCCCCAGUUGAUGAGACUGUUGAGGAACCCGCUGUCCAGGAACCUGCCGCCGCGGAGGAGCCCGCUGCUGAGGAGCCCGCACCGGUCGAAGAAGAGCCAGCUUCGGUUGAAGAACCUGCUCCCGAGGAGAACACUGCCGCUGAAGCACAACCGCCAGCAGAAGGGUCUUCAUCUGUGGAAGAGGUUCCCGCUGAAAGAGCUGUAGACGAACCCGCUGCAGCGGAAGAACGCGCUCCAGUAGAUGAGCCUGCCGCGGGGCAGGAGCCUGAAGUGGAAGAAGCUACCCCUGCUGAAGAAACCGCUGUGGUCGAAGAACCUGCUACAGCGGAAGAGGCUAUUCCUGCUGUAGAAGAGCCUGCCCCGGUGGAGGAGCCUGAAGAGCCUGCUCCAGCGGAAGAAGCUACACCUGCGGUGGAGGAACCUGCUGCUGUAGAAGAGCCUGCCCCGGUGGAGGCUGCUGCGGAAGCCGCCGCCCCGUCUGAAGAGCCUGCUGCUGUGGAGGAACCUGCCGCUGUGGAAGAGUCUGCUGCUGUGGAAGAGGCUAUUCCUGCUGCAGAAGAGCCGGCCCCGGUCGAGGAGCCUGAAGAACCUGCUCCAGCGGAAGAAGCUACUCCUGCUGUGGAAGAGCCUGCUGCUGCAGAAGAGCCCGUUGCGGAGGAGGCUGAUGUGGCAGUCGCCGCCCCGGCUGAAGAGCCUGCUGCCACUGAAGACUCCGCUCCUGCUGAAGUACCCGCAGAAGAUCCUGCACCUGCUGACGAACCCGGUUCAGUCAAUGGACCAGGACCGGCAGAAGAUAUAGCUCCUGCUGAGAGAGCCGUUCCUAUCGAGGCAUCAGAAGUCGCAGCACCCCCGCCGGAAGAACAGGGCGAAAGCGAAGGAUAUGAAGCAGAUCCGAGCUCAGAGCCGUCAGAAGAAACCGAAGCUAACGGUUCUUCAAGGGGAGAAAUUCUAGGCGGAGCCAUAGCCGGGGCCACAGCCGCCGCCGCCGUCACCGCAGCAGUCCACCGUAAAGAUUCACAGAGGAAGCACAGAAGAUCAGCCGACGCUGACUAUGAUCGGAAGGAGUCUAGGAGCUCUUCUGAUGGUCAUCGCUCACAAAGGCGAAAGGGUGAGCGUAUUAGUAUCAUGGGUCGAUGGGCGCAAGCUUUACAGGACUCCAAGAAGAUGCACGAAGAGAAGCAGAAGCAAAAGAUUCAGGUGAUCGAGAAAGAGCGUCGCUCUUCGGACCGUGGAAGUGAGAGAGAAAAGGACAGGCAGCGGGAGCGUGACCGGGAUCGCGACGAGCGGAAACGGGAACGGGAACGAGAGUACGAACGCCAACGUGAGCUCGAGCGUGAGCGCGAGCGCGAGCAAAGACGGCAAGAACGCGCGCGCAGACAACAAGAACAAGAGCGUCUGCAACAAGAGCAAGAGCGCAAACAACAAGAGCGUGAGCGCAGACACCGAGAGCGCGAACGCGAGCGCGAACAACGUGAACAACUUGAACGGGAGCGGGAGCGAGAACGCGCAAGGCGCUCUGAGCGAAGCGCAAGAUCAAGGAACUUGGAACAAUCCGGACGUUCUUUGAGCGGUAAAGAGAGCACACCCACCAGGUCACACCCACGGUCAGAUCAUUCUGGAAGCCAGGACCGCGAGCGCAAGAGCAGCUCGUCGUCGCGCCACACCCAAUCUACAGAACCCAAGCCUCGCUUCUUCCUGAAGUAUAUGGAGGGUCAGUCAGACACCAAUGGCCCACUUCUGAAGAUCAACGCUGCCAAGGCCUCCGCUAACGUCUACAAAGAUCGUGAGAGAAGGUCAUCCUCCCACCAGAGUCAACGUCAGUCGCAAGAAGGCAAGAGCAGCAGUGAGCGCUCCAGUCGACCACGUCCCGAGGACGACGAAGAAGCUCGAGCUCGGCGUGAAGCUCGCAGAGAGCGCAAGAGGAUGGAGAUGGAGCAGGAAGCAAGGGCAAGGGAGGAACCCGAGCAACGUCGUCCUCACCGUAGUAGCGGAGAACAUCGCCAUCGUCAUCACAGACAUCGACGCGAGCCGUCUCCUCCACCCAGUGGACCUUCCAAGCUGAAGACUCUCUUGGGUGCGAUUGCUGCUCACUGA